UCUCUUUUUCCGGGAAAUAAAUAACGACGAAUUUCCUAGGAACGAGUGGGAGGACGAGAUCCGAGGUUGUUUUUGGAGUUUUGCAACGAAUGACCGGGAUUUUCUCCCUCAUCUCAUUCUCUACGGAGGAUAGAGAAAGGGAGGGAAGAUAAUCGGAAAGAACCGUCUCCUCGCGUGGUGGUUUUGCUUAUCUCUGAGGCAGCGAACUUUUAUAGCUUUCUUUCUCUUAUAUGAGAAAGUAAAUCAGCAUUUGAGGACCCGAGGCUAUGAGAAGAGAAGGAAGGUUAUGGAAGAAGAAUUCGAAGAGUUUGUGGUAGAACCCUUGUCCGAUGGGGAAGACAUUGACCCUGAUUAUGAGUUCGACGCUCCUCGCUUCCAUGAUUUCUCUCAGCAGGAGAAUUUUUUGGAUGCCGUGGAAGCUGAACAGUGGUUUGAAUCCGCAGGAAGCUACCCGCCUUCACCAUAUGUCUUGAAGUUGAGAUUGGGAAAAGGCACUUCAUCGAAAAUCAUGUGCAUCCCAGCUGACUGUGGAUAUGGCAAAAGGUCGAAUACCAUUGGCGACAAUUCUGGUCACCGCAUGGAGCUUGGUGUUUCAGCAGUUGGGGGCGAUAACGAAGGACCUAAAUGUCAUAAUCAGGCAUUAAAAGGCAAAACAAAGUCUCUCUUCAAGUCAGCUCGUUCAAAAAUGUCCACUUUAAUGAAGCCCACGGCAAGUCAUUUAGCCAAGCAAAGGAAUCCCUCCGACCUCCUCAAUACCCCUCGAAUUUUAAGGUCUCCAAGUCAGAGUUCUACAGAUAGCAAAGAAACCAAAAGACAGAAGCUAGAAGCUGGUUACUUGCGCAAGGUUGCACAUCUUAAGCAUCAACCUCCUUUUACUCAUAAGCAGCCGAAGGUUGAUGCUGCUGACAUCAAUUCAAGCUCUAAACCGAAAGUUACUAUUCCUAAACAAUUCAACCUGGAAACAGCUCAUAGAGCACGAAGACAUAAGUCUAGAACCAACAACGAAUCAGAUGAACGUAGAAAAUCAAGUUCUCACAUGUUUAAAGCACUGCCAUUAAAUAAAAAGAUCCUAGAGGGUCCUUCAUUAUCCUUUAAGAAGAGGACACUGCAACUGACAGAGUUUAAUGUGUUCCACUUGAAGACAUCCAAGAGAGCUAUGCAACACACAUCUAAUAAUGUUUUUCAUAAUUCUAACUGCAGUUCGAGCUCAAAUAGAGAAACAACGGAUUUCAGAAGACAAAACUCUACUGAUGAAUCGAGGCAGGACAAAUGUAAACUUGCUAGCAAGCUCAGGGGCAGCCCCCCAAAACUGAGACUCUCGAUUAAAGGUGAAAGAGGCGUCUUCCGAAAUAUCAAACAGGAAAACGUAUGGGGGAUAAAUGACAAGAGGUUGUCGAAUGAACCUCCUUCAGAAUUACUUAGCAAGCUCUCUCUGGGUUCUGAAGCCAAGCAGACUACUACAAAAAAGCAGCCAACAUCCAAGGGCUUAAAGGAGAACAGGCCCAGCUACUUUCAUCUUCAGAACCAGAAGAUGAACUCUAUCAAAGAAGAAGAGCAUAGGCCCUGUGUGAAGCAAUACCUACAGUGUAUGAAUGAGAGACCAGAUGUUAAUCAAGCGCGUAUGUUGGCAGGAGGUUGUACAUACUGUUAAAACUCCAAAAAAUGUCGCUGCUUUAAUAAUGGGAUAAUAUAUCCUGAGCUUUUAUUUUAUAUGGAAGCUGUCUCAAAGGAAGAAGCUGAUUCUGGCGAAGGUAACAUCUAGGAAGUGGUAAAAUGGGGAUCCAAGACUUGAAUUGUACAAGAAAGCCCUAGCAGUUUUGGGAACUCUUUUUUGAAUUGUCCAAACAUGUUUUUAGAAUUUUCUCAUGUAUCCAGAAAUGUACGUUCAAUUGAGGCUCGAUCUCACCUAUUUUAUUUUGACCCCCCAAAAAAAGAACAAUGAAUUCUUUUUUAAAAAAAAUUACAAUCUUGGAGGAUUUUUACU